AAAUAAAAACGUCCAACACCUGCCUCUGGGUUAAUGAUAACUGCUUUGCUCUCUUCAUAACUGGCUACCUUUCUUUGGCUAGAAGAAGCACCAUGCCCUCACCAAAGACACGAAGACGGGUAUCCAGCAAUAUUUCUGGCCCAGACCAAGUUUAGCCUGGCUUUUGGUAUAAAAGUGCGGGCCCAUCUGCAGUUGGACAUCAUUCAGCUUGAGCGUCUUGCGACAAGAGCUUGCCAAAGCAAAUCCAACGAACUUUAAAAGCCCAACCAACAAAUCAACAACAAUGAAACUCUUCGUCUUUGCUGUGUGCGCCAUUGCCUUGGCCUCCGCCGACGUUUCCCACCUUAACCUGGGCAGUGGUUACAGCUACAACAAGCCCACGCCGACCUUCAACAUCCCCUCAGCCCCAGCUCCGGCUUAUCUGCCACCCGUCCAGGAGGUGAUAUCCGCGCCUGCUCCAGCUCCUGUGUACUCUGCUCCUGUUUACUCCGCCCCAGCCCCAGCACCAGUUUACUCCGCUCCGGCACCCGCGCCUGUUUCGGAGUACCUGCCUCCUGUUCAGGACAUACCAGCUCCCGUACCUGUUUACUCUCCUCCUGCGCCAGCUCCGGUCUACUCUGCUCCUGCGCCAGCUCCAGUCUACUCUGCUCCUGCGCCAGCUCCAGUCUACUCUGUUCCUGCGCCAGCUUCUGAGUACUUGCCUCCAGUCCAGGAUAUUCCGGCUCCGGCUCCUGUUUACUCCGCUCCUGCGCCUGCUCCUGUUUACUCGGCUCCAGCCCCAGCACCGGUGUACUCCGCUCCCGCACCCGCACCCGUUUCAGAGUACCUGCCUCCUGUUCAAGACAUCCCGGCUGCCGUACCUGCUUAUUCAGCACCUGCGCCAGCUCCAGUCUACUCUGCUCCUGCGCCAGCUCCGGCCUACUCUGCUCCUGCUCCUGAGUACUUGCCUCCAGUCCAGGACAUUCCGGCUCCGGCGCCCGCUCCGGUUUACUCUGCUCCUGCACCCGCUCCAGUUUACUCUGCUCCUGCACCAGCUCCAGUUUACUCUGCUCCUGCGCCCGCACCAGUUUACUCUGCCCCAGCUCCAGCUCCUGUGGAGUCGGGCUACCAGUACAACGUGCCUGCCAAGCGUUUCCGCUUCUAAAUGGACAUCAGGUUUAUCCCAAAGAGCACCACAGCCAUUUGCGUGGUGACAGCUUGUUAAAUUAACAAGUGCGUCGCCCAUUGUUGUUGAAUAUUUGUUGUUACGCAAAGUUCCCGUU